AUGAAAUUCUUUGCUACUGCCGCAGUAUUGGCUUCCGGCGCCAAUGCUCUUGCUAUUCGUGGUGAAAGCUGUUGCUUUACAUUAACUGCAUCAGGCGGCAUAUCCGGCAGGGUCGGUCAGUUAGAUGAUGGCCAGAACCGCAUCGAUGGUGGCUUGCCUCCAGCCACGUUCUGUAUAACUCCCGAGGGCACUAUCACCGACAGCAGUGGCCGCGGAUGUAUUCUCACGCCUCCUACAACCCAGCUGCAAUGUGACACAGGAGCUAUCCCCGACUCAGGAUUCUCUGUCAGCAGCUCCGGUCAGCUCACUUCCAAUGGAACUUCUGAUUUUGUUGCUUGUCAAACCGGGGAUCACGGUGCAUUCAAUGUCUACACGAACCCUCCCCCCAGCGACGUGACAGAUUGUUUUCAUGUCACUCUUACAGCCGACCAAUGCGUACCUUCUGCGUCGUUAUCGGUAAGGCUAAGUACGCCACCAGCUUCUCCGACUUCAACUGCUAGUCCUCCAGGAAGUCCUCCCGGAAGCCCAUCUGUUGUUGUUACUGUCCAUGAAACUGUGUGUACUCCAGGCCCCAGCAGUCUAGGCCAAGAGACUUCUCCUGUUCCGGCUCAGACCAACACACCGGGACCAUCACGAACCAGCACACCAUGUAGCACCAAUCUUGUCUCCGGCAGUUUUGAAUUUCCUCAUCUCAUCAUCCCUAUCGACUCCUCUUCUCCUAACACUGCAGCCGGCACUCAAUUCAACGUCGAAGUUACCGCUACCAUUUCUACUAUUUUCAAUUUUGACAUUCCUGCCUCCGAUGCUGGAAAGACCUGCUCUUUAGUGUUCCAUUUCCCACAACAAAAGGAUCUCCGGACGUCCUUGUUCACCUUCAGUGGUGAUGGCAAGGUGGACUUUGCUGAGCUGAGCUUUCCUGCAACUCAAUCUACGACUUUCAACAAUACUCCCUCAGUCAAGACAGAUUUUGGUGUAACUACCAUUAGUCCAGGCAAUUUCUACGUGAUUUCCACUUUCGCUUGCCCGGCAGGUCAAGCUGUAACGUUCGAAAUGAAAGAGGCCGGGACUACUGAUUUCACUUUCUUUGAGGACUUCAAUCCUUCCCCGAUUGGUCUGUUUAUUGCCACUUGCUAA